AUGGCCAGUGCUGACACGGCAGUAGUGUACGAAGGCGGGGUCCGCCCCUACUUUGAGCAGCAGAUCCAGCAGACAGAGAUCCAGAUCCAGCAAACGGCCCAGAACCUCCGGCGGUUGGAAGCGCAACGCAACAAACUCAAUAAUAAGGUGAGACAGCUCAAGGAUGAAUUGCGGCUUUUACAAGAACCCGGCUCCUACGUGGGUGAAGUGGUCAAAGUCAUGGGUACCAAUAAAGUGCUCGUAAAGAUCCACCCCGAAGGGAAGUACAUUGUCAAGAUCACUAAGGACAUCGACAUCAAGAAGUUGACUCCCCUGCUUCGCGUGUGCCUUAAGCUGGAUUCCUACGACUUGCACAAGAUUUUGCCCAACAAGAUUGACCCGCUCGUGUCGCUCAUGAUGGUGGAAAAGGUGCCUGACUCUACCUACGAUAUGGUUGGUGGUUUAGAUAAGCAGAUCAAGGAGAUCAAGGAAGUGAUUGAGCUUCCUGUGAAGCACCCGGAAUUGUUCGAAUCUCUCGGGAUUGCUCAACCUAAGGGUGUCAUUCUCUACGGUCCUCCGGGGACGGGGAAGACGCUUUUGGCGCGUUCAGUGGCCCACCACACCGAGUGUAAGUUUAUCCGGGUGCUGGGUUCGGAAUUGGUGCAAAAGUAUAUUGGUGAAGGGUCGCGGAUGGUGCGUGAGUUGUUCGUGAUGGCUCGGGAACACGCUCCCUCGAUUAUCUUCAUGGACGAAAUCGAUUCGAUUGGGUCGCUGAGAUCCGACGGCUCCAGCGGUGGCGACUCCGAAGUGCAAAGAACGAUGUUGGAACUUCUCAACCAGCUCGACGGGUUUGAAUCGCUGAAAGAUAUUAAGAUUAUUAUGGCCACUAACCGGCUUGAUAUUUUGGACCCGGCGUUGCUUAGACCGGGGAGAAUCGACCGUAAGAUCGAGUUCCCGGCCCCCACGGUGGCGGCGCGUACCGACAUUUUGAAGAUCCACUCGAGACUGAUGAACUUGACUCGGGGGAUUGACCUCAAGAAGAUCGCGGAAAAAAUGAACGGCUGCUCUGGUGCUGACGUCAAGGGGGUGUGUACUGAAGCCGGGAUGUACGCGUUGAGAGAACGCCGGAUCCACGUUACUCAAGAAGACUUUGAGUUGGCCGUCGCCAAGGUGAUGAACAAGAACGACGAAGGCGGGGUGUCGUUGCAAAAGCUCUUCAAGUGA